AUUCAUGCAUAGUGAGUAUAGCAUGUUGAGAGUGACUUUGUAGGGUGAAAGAUGGCGGACAAUCUAGUUACUGAUGCAUCUUUAGAUCCGUCUGAAAAGUAUUACCGAUUAGAAGACGUGCAAAACCAUAAUGAAGGGUCAGACGUUUGGGUCAUUAUUCAUGGUCGCGUAUACGAUGUUGGCCGCUUUCUUAGUGAGCAUCCAGGUGGAGAAGAAGUUUUGCUGGAACAGGCGGGGGGCGAUGCUACUGAAAGCUUUGAAGAUGUUGGACAUUCCAUGGAUGCCAGGGAGCUGCUGAAACAAUAUUAUAUUGGAAAACUUCACCCAUGUGACUGCAGGAAGGAUAACCUGAAGGAUGUUUUGAUCACUACUUCCUCAAGUCAGUCAAGAUGGUGGACAAAUUGGCUGAUACCAGCUGUGGCUAUAGCAGUUGUUGGGUUCAUGUAUCGAUUUUACUUAGUGGAAAAUAGAUCCUUGUGAGUGCUGAAGUGGUGGAACAUGGUGGAGAAUAAUGUUCCUAUCAACACCUUAAUGAGAAAUUCAAACUGGGUCCAUUUUCCUUUCUGACCUUACUUGAAAAAAGAUGUCCAGACUGAUUUAGGCUCAGUGGUUGAGCCUGAAAGGAGCAGAAUAGCCUUCAGGCUCCAUUCUCUUCUUCAGAUAUAAAAUACUACAUUUGGAAGGCAGAUGUUGCAUAUGCGCACAAAACCAGCUUUGAGUUAAGGGGAUUGGAAGGCCACCAAUAUUUUCAUCUCGUUUACAUAACCAGUUAAUUGUACUUUUCUCUUGCUUGUAUGUUUUAUAAAUGGCAUCAUCUCAUUUUAACUAUAAUGUACCUUUAAGAAUGCCACAAUUGGUAACAUAGUUAAUAAGAAUAUGCCAUUGCUUUUGAUGUCUGCUACUUUGCUUAGUAGAGAGGCAUGUUUUAUUUUAUUACCCUACAGAUGAAUUACUGGUGGAGCUGUAGAGUUCACACUAGGUUUGGAGAACUUUAACUGUAGGUAUUCCAGGGAGAAGAAGAUUGAGAGUACUGCUGGCUAUGCUGUUGUCCUGAAGAGGGAGGUUCCAGUCUCUGCUGCCAAAGCCUGAAAAGUGGUAAAUGACAAGACUGGUAAACAUAGGAUUAGAGUUGUACUUGGAUUCCUUCCCCCUAUCAAUUUACCCUAUGUCCUGGUAAUUAAAAUAAACUAGUUUAAAGAUGCAAGUGCUGAAGAAAGCUUGGCACUGGCUAAGCUAAGGCAUUUCUUGCAGGAGGAGGAGCAGCAGUGUCAAUUCUUAGCAAGUAGCAUUUAAGAGUCAGAAGCAUUGGACUGCUUUCUUAGUGGUGGAAAGAAUGUUUUAAAAUUAUGUGUUGAUGAAUUCUUGAACUAGGUGAUGUAUACGGAAAAUGUGCAGGCUAAAUGCAAACUGAGAAGACUAAAGUAUUUGUAUUUCUCCCUGAAAAUACUACAAUUUUUUUCUGACAGUUUA